GACCCGCGCGAGCUAGACGUCUGGGCAGCCCCAGAGCAGCGCGCAGCAGCCUUCCUUUGCUUCCUGCACAGUGCGCUCGCCCCGGGCCAGGGCGUCUGGAACGUGUCCCAGAGGACACGGCCUCCCAGACCGCCGAAGCCGGGUCACCUGGACGCGCGCCUGAGUCCGGGUCGCGUCGUUGCGUACGCAGUCACCACGCAGACCGUGGAACUCCGUCUGUCUCGGAUUAAUCCCGGAGAGUCGAAACCAGCCUCUCCUGGGCAGAGAUGCGACCCUCGGGGACCACGGGAACCUCGCUGUUACUGCUACUGGCCUCGCUCUGCGCCGCAGGUGGGGCCCUGGAGGAAAAGAAAGUUUGCCAAGGCACAAGUAACAGGCUCACUCAACUGGGCACUUUUGAAGACCAUUUUCUGAGCCUGCAGAGGAUGUUCAACAACUGUGAAGUGGUCCUUGGGAACCUGGAAAUUACCUACGUGCAAAAGAAUUAUGACCUUUCCUUCUUAAAGACCAUCCAGGAGGUGGCCGGCUAUGUGCUCAUUGCCCUCAACACUGUGGAGAAGAUCCCUCUGGAGAACCUGCAGAUCAUCAGGGGAAACACUCUCUAUGAAAACACCUAUGCCUUAGCUGUCCUGUCCAACUAUGGGACAAACAAAACUGGCCUUAGAGAACUGCCCAUGCGGAACUUACAGGAAAUCCUGACUGGUGCUGUGCGAUUCAGCAACAACCCCAUCCUCUGCUACAUGGAGACUAUCCAGUGGAAGGACAUCGUCCACAAUGACUUUCUGAGCAACAUGUCAAUGGACUUACAGAACCAUCCGAGAAGCUGCCAAAAGUGUGAUCCGAGCUGUCCCAACGGAAGUUGCUGGGGAGGAGGAGAAGAGAACUGCCAGAAAUUGACCAAAAUCAUCUGUGCCCAGCAAUGUUCCCGGCGUUGCCGUGGCCGGUCCCCCAGUGACUGCUGCCACAACCAGUGUGCCGCUGGGUGUACAGGGCCCCGAGAGAGCGACUGUCUGGUCUGCCACAGGUUCCGAGAUGAAGCCACAUGCAAAGACACCUGCCCACCACUGAUGCUCUACAACCCCACUACGUAUCAGAUGGAUGUCAACCCUGAGGGGAAGUACAGCUUCGGGGCCACCUGUGUGAAGAAAUGUCCCCGAAACUAUGUGGUGACAGAUCACGGCUCGUGUGUCCGGGCCUGUGGUCCUGACUACUACGAAGUGGAAGAAGAUGGCGCCCGCAAGUGUAAAAAAUGUGACGGGCCCUGCCGCAAAGUUUGUAACGGCAUAGGCAUCGGUGAAUUUAAAGACACGCUCUCCAUAAAUGCUACAAACAUCAAACACUUCAAAUACUGCACUUCCAUCAGUGGGGACCUUCACAUCCUGCCAGUGGCCUUUAAGGGGGAUUCCUACACACGUACUCCUCCUCUAGACCCACGAGAACUAGAUAUUCUAAGAACAGUAAAGGAAAUAACAGGAUUUUUGCUGAUUCAGGCUUGGCCUGAAAACUGGACGGACCUCCAUGCUUUUGAGAACCUAGAAAUAAUACGUGGCAGGACCAAGCAGCAUGGUCAAUUUUCUCUCGCGGUUGUUGGCCUGAACAUAACAUCAUUGGGAUUGCGCUCCCUCAAGGAAAUAAGUGAUGGGGAUGUGAUUAUUUCUGCAAACCGAAACUUGUGCUAUGCAAACACGGUCAACUGGAAAAAACUCUUUGGGACCUCCAGCCAGAAAACCAAAAUCAUGAACAACAGACCCGAGAACGACUGCAAGGACACAGGCCACGUCUGUAAUCCUUUAUGCUCCUCGGAAGGCUGCUGGGGCCCUUCACCCAGGGACUGUGUCUCCUGCCAGAACGUCAGCAGGGGCAGAGAAUGUGUGGAGAAGUGCAACAUCCUGGAGGGGGAGCCAAGGGAGUUUGUGGAGAAAUCCGAGUGCAUCCAGUGCCAUCCGGAAUGUCUGCCCCAGGACAUGAACAUCACCUGUACAGGCCGGGGGCCAGACAACUGCAUCAAGUGUGCCCACUACAUUGAUGGCCCACACUGUGUCAAGACCUGCCCAGCUGGGAUCCUGGGGGAGAACAACACCCUGGUCUGGAAGUACGCAGAUGCCAGUAACGUCUGCCACCUCUGCCAUCCAAACUGCACCUACGGAUGUGCUGGACCAGGUCUUCAAGGAUGUUCAUCAAGGCCCAAGAUCCCAUCCAUUGCCACGGGGAUUGUGGGUGGCCUCCUCUUCAUAGUGGUGGUGGCCCUUGGAAUUGGCCUGUUCAUGCGAAGGCGCCACAUUGUCCGAAAACGUACACUCCGCCGCCUGCUUCAGGAAAGAGAGCUCGUGGAACCUCUCACACCCAGUGGGGAAGCUCCCAACCAAGCCCUCCUGAGGAUCUUGAAGGAAACAGAAUUCAAAAAGAUCAAAGUUCUGGGUUCUGGCGCAUUUGGCACAGUAUAUAAGGGUCUCUGGAUUCCAGAAGGUGAGAAAGUCAAAAUUCCUGUGGCCAUCAAGGAGUUAAGAGAAGCCACAUCUCCAAAAGCCAACAAGGAAAUCCUUGACGAAGCCUAUGUGAUGGCCAGUGUGGACAACCCCCAUGUCUGCCGCCUCCUGGGCAUCUGCCUGACCUCCACCGUCCAGCUCAUCACACAGCUUAUGCCCUAUGGCUGCCUCCUGGACUAUGUCCGAGAGCACAAGGACAACAUCGGCUCCCAGUACCUGCUCAACUGGUGUGUGCAGAUCGCAAAGGGCAUGAACUACCUGGAAGAUCGGCGCUUGGUGCACCGUGACUUGGCAGCUAGGAAUGUGCUGGUGAAGACACCACAGCAUGUCAAGAUCACAGAUUUUGGGCUGGCCAAACUGCUUGGUGCCGAAGAGAAAGAAUACCAUGCAGAGGGAGGCAAAGUACCUAUCAAAUGGAUGGCUUUGGAAUCAAUUUUACACCGAAUUUAUACACACCAAAGUGAUGUCUGGAGCUAUGGAGUCACUGUGUGGGAACUGAUGACCUUUGGGUCCAAGCCUUAUGAUGGAAUCCCUGCAAGUGAGAUCUCGUCCAUCCUAGAGAAAGGAGAGCGCCUUCCACAGCCACCUAUCUGCACCAUCGACGUCUACAUGAUCAUGGUCAAGUGCUGGAUGAUAGAUGCUGAUAGCCGCCCAAAGUUCCGGGAGUUGAUUGUUGAAUUCUCCAAAAUGGCCCGAGACCCCCAGCGCUACCUUGUUAUCCAGGGGGAUGAAAGAAUGCAUUUGCCGAGCCCUACAGACUCCAAUUUCUACCGAGCCCUGAUGGAUGAAGAGGACAUGGAAGACGUGGUUGAUGCUGACGAGUACCUCAUCCCACAGCAAGGCUUCUUCAGUAGCCCAUCCACAUCUCGGACUCCCCUCUUGAGUUCUCUGAGUGCAAACAGCAACAAUUCCACUGUGGCUUGCAUUAACAGAAAUGGGCAGAGCUGCCGUCUCAAGGAAGACGGCUUCUUGCAGCGGUACAGCUCCGACCCCACCGGUGCCUUAACUGAGGACAGCAUAGACGACACAUUCCUCCCUGUGCCUGAAUAUAUAAACCAAUCUGUCCCCAAAAGGCCAGCAGGCUCUGUGCAGAACCCCGUCUAUCACAAUCAGCCCCUGCAUCCAGCUGCUGGCAGAGACCUGCAUUAUCAAAAUCCCCAUAGCAACGCAGUGGGCAACCCUGAGUAUCUCAACACUGCCCAGCCUCCCUGUGUCAGCGGUGGCUUUGCCAGCACUGCCCUCUGGGCUCCAAAAGGCAGCCACCAAAUGAGCCUGGACAACCCCGAUUACCAACAGGACUUCUUUCCCCAGGAAGCCAAGCCAAAUGGCAUCUUUAAGGGUCCCACCGCUGAAAAUGCAGAAUACCUACGGGCAGCACCACCGAGCAGCGAGUUUAUUGGAGCCUGACGUGGAGGGAUGUCAUACCAGCUAUAAAAUUGGCAGACUUUGCAGAAGCCCAGGACCAAGCCAUGGCAGCACCUCCACUCCUGACAGCCAUGCCCAUCUUGUGCCAAACGUCAGGCCCUCAGACUGGUUUAAAACUGUAACUUUGAUGGGCUUUGUCUUUGACCCAAGAUGUGAGCCCCUCCCCUGACACACUUUGGGGAGUUGAAGGUACAUUUUUUGAUCUUCAAACUGGGAAGAGUCUACACACACACACACACACACACACACACACACACACACACACACAAAGGCAUCCAUCAAGAAUGUUGUCCAUUGGAACUGAAGUUUACCUCAUGGUGAGGUGCAUUGGGGAAAAAACACACAUAAGGAGAUUUGCUGCAUAGGGACCUGCAUUGGGUUUUUAUUUUCUUUACCGAUUUGAUUCGUGGGCUCUUCCAAGAAGGGAGAAGCUUGUUUGCGGUAUGUAUUACACAGAGUUGCUUGGAGCCAACUGUUGCCAGACAGUUGGUUCCACCAGCUCUGCUUCAAGACACUUCUGUGGCAAGACAACUAAAAGCCCUGCAUGCCCUGAGCAGGCCACACGUGUACAGCAUGAAAUCAUGGCUGGUACCAUAGGAUAAGCCACUCUGUUACUCACCGGGCGGGCGGGGCUGGGAGAAGAAGGAUGAAGGGGUAGAAUUUUCCCUCAGACUUACUUUUGUAGAAAUAUGUCCCUCAAGCCACACUCGUUUACUUACCAGUGUUUUCUGACUCUUAGGAUUCCUUGUAUGUUUUCCGUUUCAUUGUUUUGAGUUGUAAUAUGCUUUCCCGUCUUGAUGUCAUAAAGUCAGAAAGAAAAAAAAAAAACAGUAUUAUCAAAGAACAACCAUGAUGCCACAUUUGAACCAUCAGUGUUCUACCCAAAAGCCUUUAAUCAAGAUGGGGUGACAAUGCAAAAGUUCAGAGGAAUAUACCCCAAAAUUUGAGUCUCAGCAUUGUGUCUGUUGAAGCAUGGAUCAGGAGACCACAAAAGUGAUGCUGCUCUUCAAAUCCACUUUGCCUUCACCCCCUCUAGACCCCAAAAUUAGUAUAAACCACACAUGGAGAAUAAUCUUUUUGCUCAUUUUUAUAAGUGUUUACUGGAGAUAUAUUUUCCUCCCUGGUAAGCUGCCACCAACAUUUUCUUUCCCUUUGAGAGAAAAUGAUCUAGGCUACUGUGUAACAAGUCACAGACCGUGGUAAGCACCACAUGCAGGUUCCCAGAGAAAGAAUCUUGAGAAUGGAGUGGAACUCAGGUGACAAGCAUGCAACCUGAGUUUGAAAAACAUGGCAAUGCUUCCAUGGAUGCUUUUCAGAAGAAACUCAUCCCCAAAUAACCCCACUGUCACCGGUGCCUCCAGCUACUCAAGGUCUCAGUGCUUGUUCUUAUUUUGGCCAUCCUUGCAGCCCAAUGAGUUAAGAGCUGUCUUUGGUAAAACAAUAUUUUAAUGCUCCUGGUAUUCAUCCCUUCCCAUUUAUCAAGAGGUGGGUAGAAAUGGACUUAUAAAUACUAACCAUAAGGCAAAAUAAUGAAUGCCAAGUACAUUAUAUCAGCCAGGCACCAAGAGCACAGACUAGGGAUGAUCUAGAAAGUUCACAAAGGAAAUAAUAUUGCCCAUUGUCCUCUGAGAUUUAAAAGGGAAUGGAAAGUAUGUUUCCUUAGAGAAUUCAACCAAGAGAGCAAUGACUGAGAACUCUACUAGUAAGUCAGGUGCAAGGCCAAGUUAGUCAUCCUGCUGCUCCCUCAAGCCUGGUAAUGAGGCUUGCAGCAUUCCCUGGGUUUCCUAACUGUUGUCCACUUCUGGCAAUGUCAGGCUGUCAUCUACAAAAAUAAGUAGUUAGAAAAUUAAGCAACAUUUCUAGAGAUUGAAAUUCCAAGCCAUUGCCAGGAAACACCGCAUGGAUCGUUUAUCCACGGAGAAUGCAGAGGAAACAUUUAGGCAGGUGUUUGUUCUAAAUUGGAAUUCAAAAUGACCCUGUCACUUGUCGGGCAGGUGAUUGGUGAGGGAAAGCGUAGAAAGCCAGUCAAACUGUAGCAAUGAAAUCUUAGUAUUUUUGUACUUUGAAACACUUUUCUUAUAACAAAAUAAAGUAGCAAAAACUACUCAAA